AUGGUCGUGGCUCACCGCGCUCUGAGGGACAAUAUGUUCCGUAAAACAGUGUCUACCUCAGACGCAAUCACGCUCUUUGAUGCUGGGUCUGGUCAAUCCCAGGGAAGUAGGAAAUACCAAGAAGAUCGGUGCGCACUCAUUUUUCCGAAUCAGUUUCCUUCGAAUAUGAAUACGAAGGACAACAUUGCAUUCUUUGCGGUAUAUGAUGGACAUGGUUCCGGGCUCGUCUCAGAUCACUUGAAGGACAGUCUGCACAACCUGCUUGCACAGCGUCCGGAGUUUGAAAAAGAUGAUUGGGCCACGGCGAUCAAGGCAGCACUCGCUGAGGAGGACCGCAUUCUGCUGGAAAGAUUCAAGAACGAAUCUUUCGAACCCGCCGUUUCCGGGUCCACAGUCGCCAUGUGUUGCAUUAAUCUCACGCAUGGCGAGCUGGUCGUCUCUAAUCUGGGCGACUCGCAUGUAAUCUUGGCGGAGCGGGACCCGAAAACAGAACACCCGUAUCACGUUCGACGUCUCACCGAGGCUCACAAGCCCGAAAUCCCCAGCGAAAAGGCCCGAAUUGAGGAAGCAGGCGGAAUGGUUAUCAACCGCCGCGGCACACAUCGGCUUGGGUCCUUGAACAUGUCUCGAGCAUUAGGCGAUCUGCAGUACAAGAACCCGGUUAACACGUAUACGGACAACCCCGUUUUAGACCGCGCAGGGUCUCAGUCUGCAGCAAGCCGAACAGAAUCUCGCGGUGACUUCAUAUCCAAUGAUCCUUAUACCACACGGCGGACAUUGCAGACAGACCGCCGUUAUCUGUUAGUGGUGGCGUCCGACGGAGUUACCGAUCGAGUGGACGACACAAACCUUAUGCAGCACGUGAUGAAAAUGUCGAUGCGGGGAAAACCAGCAGGUGAAAUUGCACAAGUAAUCGCCACGGAUACGGCCAGCAGGCCUCGCGGUGACAAUGCAUCGUGCAUAGUAGCGAUGUUGGACGGACGAGGAUCUUGA